AAAUGAGUACAUCAGAGGGGCAACUCAGGUUGAGUGUUUGGAGAUAAAGUUAGGGGUUAGACCGAGAUGAUUUGGGCAUUUGCAGAGGAGGAAUAGUGAACAUACUGGACAAAGGAUGUUGAAGAUGUAGCUGCCAUGCAGGAGGAAAAGAGAAAUACUUCAAAGGAAUUUUCAUGGGUGUAGUCAAGGAAAUUUGGUGUGAUAGAGGAGGAUAGUAAGGAUAAGGGGAGAUGGAGGCAGGUGAUUGGCUGUAGAUGUUAAGGUUAAAACUAGACUUACAGCCCAAAACAUUAACCAGUAUCACCAGGAGGUGCCCAGGAAAUAACUGUACCACAUCAACAGAAUAAAGCAGAAUAACUUCAGCUGUUUGUAAUGCACAUACUUGUAACUAAAGUAUUUUGCAUAAAUCACUGAAACUAUUUAAAAAAAAAAAAUCAAUAAUCUUCUCAUCUAUUUAGGUUUCAUUGUUUUUCUUUCAACAUCUAAAUUAAAGUAAAACUAAAUCUCAGCUCUCCAUUGUCUUUAGUCCCAGUUAAGUUAAAAGAUGGUGGAGUGAAGAUGUUUGCUGUUGACUGACGUCCACUCCGAGAAACAAAAUGAAGAGGAGGCUGCUGCGUGGUUUCCUGUCGGAAAUUUCCAUCCGGCUGGCGCUGUUGGUGGUGUUCCUUGUGACGGAGCAGCUUCCUCCUUUCUACCGUGAGAUCCAGGCAGAGGAGAUGUGGCUGUAUAAAUUCCACCGCGUGGAGAGGGACCAUGUACCCACCUCUCUUAUGUUUAGUGUGGCGGUUUGCACCCCGCUGAUUGUAAUCCUGGCUUUCACCUUCCUGAAUAAGUUGGAGCGUGGUGAUCUGAAGGAAGCCUCACUGGCUGUGACUCUGACUCUAGUGCUGAACGGAGUUUUCACCAAUGUCAUCAAACUUGUAGUUGGCAGGCCACGACCAGACUUCUUCUACCGCUGUUUCCCAGACGGUCAGAUGAAUCUGGAGCUGCGAUGCAGUGGUGACCCAGAUGUCAUCAUGGAAGGCAGAAAGAGCUUUCCCAGCGGGCAUUCUUCCUUUGCCUUUGCAGGUUUGGGCUUCACAGCGCUCUACAUUGCAGGAAAGCUGCGCUGCUUCACAGCAGCGGGCCAAGGCCGAGCGUGGCGGCUGUGUGCCUUCCUCACUCCUUUACUCAUUGCAGCUGUGAUCGCCCUCUCCAGAACCUGCGACUACAAACACCACUGGCAAGAUGUGCUGGUGGGGUCUCUGCUGGGUCUCGCCUUCGCCUGGCUGUGCUACAGGCAGCACUACCCUCCCCUUCGGGACCCAGACUGCCACAGACCUCUGCGUCACAGAGAGACUGUUCCUGCCGCACAGGAGCGCAAGCUGGCCAACUCCACCUACAUCCUGCCCAUGUAGAAAAGCUGUAACUGCAUUUUCCUCUUUGCUGGUGUCAUUUAAACUGAGUUGCACAGUAAUCCAUGUAAUACUGUUUUUUCACUCUUUAGGGCUGGGCAGCAUAUCGGUAUUUAAGUUGAUCAUUAAUCAUUGUCUAUGUAUUCUCUGGGUUUUCUUUUUGUAGAGGGAGACAUGAUACACAGUUUCUUUUCUGGAAUGAAUUUGCAUCAAUUACCGAUUCAAAUUUUCUCCUACAUUGUUUCUGAAACCCUUGAGAGCUACACUAGCACAUUAGCAGGUGUCUUUCUAGUCCCGUAAUUACCCAGCAAACAGGUCAAAAGAGGUCGCAGUACGACCACAAAAACUAAACCGUAGACAGACGUAUGUCAGUGUUGUCUCAACGCAGAAUAGAGGCAAGGUCAGACAGCCUCUUGUAAAGUGAGGAAUAACAAAUCGGGUUACUGCAAAAACACUUUAUAUUUUUACAGUUUUCUGCAUCUAAACUGUAUUUCAUUUGUGGCACAGUGAAGUUUAUGCAUUGAACUUUUACAAUUAUCUCCUCCCUGUCCUUGAUGUCAGUGUCAUAGACUCAGGAACGCUCAGGAAAAGAAAGAGGUCACACGACAUGAUUAUUUUUUCUCCUGAUUCCUCCUCUCGAGACACUUUUUUGUUUUAUUCUCAUCAAUAAGGAGAUAGUGGGGAAAAAAAAUCUUGAACACAAGCUUUCUCUUACCAGAAAGUCUAACAAUGAUGUCCGGUAACCUCAUGUAUUUUUCCAACUGUGACUUGACGUCUGAAAAUUCCGCUGUGACAGUUAUUCAGUAUUGAAAUGUUUGCUGGGUACAGAUGGGGUAUCUCAUUAUCAUGAUGCUGUUCUCCAGCCCAGCUCUGCACACUCUGUGUAUUGUGCCUAUAGAUCACAUACUUUACUCACAACAGCUGAGCAGGUUAUCUACACAGCCACUGUACAAACAGUCCACCACUCAUCAGUCUCUGGCUCAGCUGCUGUGAAAGAGUUUCUCAUGUGAGAAUCACUUUGUGAUUGUUUUGUAAACUUGCAACUUUGUAAAGACGCAGGAUUGAGGCUUAAAGGGAAGCUAACCGCACUCUGAGGUUCAUUUCUGUGCAUAGACGCCUCCUCUGGUGAGAAGAAUCGAAACUCAAUGCCUGAGGAUUUUUCACCAUCUGUUUCAGUCUUUGUGGUUUUAGAGCUGGCUCAGGCUUAAACAAACACUGGGAGCAAACAUCAGCUUGUUAGGGGUCAAAGUCCUUGACUGUCCUUUCUGUUCACAGAUCAAAAUAGCACAAACACACCUAGUAAAACCUCAGAGAAACAUGUUAUGACAUGAUGACACAGACAGUAAGAUGUGAUUAAAUGAUCCAGUGUAAUGGAACUUUUGAGCUUAGAUGCUACUGACCACCAGACCAUGUCUCUCUUGGGGUUACUGGGUAAAACUGCAUCUGUCAUGAUGCCUGUUAUAGCAUAUCACAACACUAAGAUACUUUGUGGUAAACAUUUUGUUGUUUUUGAUAAGGAAUUGGGUAAAGACACAGGAUUGUCUUUGUUAUACCUGCAAAUUAAGAAUGUGAAAUUAACUUUAUGCUGCCAUAAAGUGCAGUGGCAGCAACAGCCUUUCAGUUUAAACAGCCUGGCUUGAUGUUGGCUGGUCCCACGAUUAAAUCAUAGCUAACAACGAGUUAAAUAUUACUUUGACUUUCCCAUCUUUUCUGUGGUGUUUUGAUGCUUUGAUGAUGUAAAACUUUGAAAAAAAAAGUCAAUACUUUAUAGGUAAAACCUUCUUAAAUUGCUGAGCACUGUUGUUAAAACAAAAGUGCAAUUAAUAGGGACUAUUUUCAGCUGCGGAUGAAUACACAUAUAACAUUCCAGUAGUUUUUGGACAGCAGUGAAGCUCUGUGGCACAGAGGAAAACAGUAUUUGUUUUGCUUUUGAGCAUAUAUUGGGUUUAGUGAUUAAAAGUAUAUAACACCUCCAAGUGAUUCUGUUAAAUGAACUUUCAGGAGUGCAAACAACUAAGCACUCCUCUUGCAUUUAAAGCCAAGUUCACGUAAACACAUUGAUCACGCUUAUUUAUUUUUACUUUAUCGAAUGCUUUAAAACUUUGUCUUCCUAUAAUAUAUGUUCAAUGUUUCCAUUUAUUGAUUUUUAAAAAAAAAAAAAAACUUCUCUGUAAAAAGUCCUCCAUGAUAUUAACAUCCUGAUGUAGCAGUGCUGCUUUACGCUUCUCAGUUUUUCCAGUGCCUGCUUUGCUUUAAAUGAUAAAGUCAUCUCUGGUGUAACAGGACAGCUCAGCCAAUCACGUUAUUCCAAGUCACCGUAACUGUAAAGCGAGUUAAACGAGUCUUCUCAGGCUUACUGUAGAUGGGGUACUGUAGGUACUGUUUUAACCUCUCCAGGCGAUGGUGCUACCCUCCCAGUGCUCCUGCUGGCCAGGUUUUUCUCUCCAGCAUGUAAACUCAUCGAUCGUAAUUUGAGACAUUUAACGCUACAAUUUGUGGUUUGGGCGUAUUUUGAGUUUUUAUUUAUUUAAUGUAUAUUUUUUUCUGUUUGUGUGUUGAACCGGCAAAAGUUUUGCACGGUUAACCCAAGCAUAAAAGCAGCUGGAUCUCAGUGGUUACAGACCAAACUUGGCAUAAAGAAAGCGGAUAAUUUUUGUGCCUUUGUUUACUAUGUUCCUCUCAGUUCAUGAAUGAAGUGUAUGCUGCAUGUUAUGGUGUAUGCUCUCUGUCAUGUAACCUUUUUUUUUU